AUGGCAUCUCCACAAGGCGAUGACCAUAUCGAUGCCGAAACGGCGGAUUUGAUAAUCAAGCUUCAAGAAGAUGAUUUGAAAGAGCUGGAUGAUCUCAAGAAAGGCAAAGGCCGUGCUGACCAACUCAGUGAUGCCGACUUAGCCCAGGCACUCUACCUUCAAGAGCUCCAAAACGGGGCAAUCGCUUUUGCAGAUAGGCGCAUAGCCCAGAGCAUUUCCAGCGCGGCGAGUAGCGAUGAGGAAGUUCUUCAAGAACAUGCAGAACAGGAAACGAACGCAAUUCGAGAUCGCGAGAUUGCCUGUCGACUGGGUGGCAUCACAGCGGGAACGGCUCAGCCUCCACAAGCACCGGAACGGAGUGUCGAGAAGAAGCUGGUUUCGAAAUUUCAUACGCUCGAUAUCGGAUCAAGCAGACAAGGUCACCACGAAGCAUGCAACGAGGGGCCAAGCGAGGGGUCCUCAUCCAGGAUGCCAGCAAAUAUAAGCCUAGUAGAUCCCAAAGAGACGGUCGUCUGUGAUGUUUGUGCGGACUCAACACUCGGCGGGGAAGCCAAACGUCUGAUUUGCGGGCACAUCUAUUGUCAAAACUGCCUUCAACGUCUCUUUAUGGAUUCGACAAUAGAUGAGAGUCUGUUUCCACCGAAAUGUUGUCGACAAGUCAUAGACUUCGAGGAGGCGAAACCGUUCCUUUCAGCUGAGCAAAUCGAGUUCUUUCAAGGAAAAAAGAAAGAACUCGAGACUGCCAAUCGUGUAUAUUGCAGUUCAGCAGACUGCUCGGCAUUCAUCAGUCCAAAGACAAUAAAACACGGCAAGGCAGAAUGCAAGAUAUGCGGGACGAUCACUUGUGGUUUUUGCAAAGCAGAAUCUCACGAAGGCGAGUGUCUUGAAGACCCGGCGCUGCAAGAAGUUCUCCGACUUGCGAAAGAAAAUGGUUGGCGGUCAUGUUUCAACUGCAACCGAAUUAUAGAGCUGCGUUUCGGCUGUUAUCACAUCAUGUGA